AUGGCGGAUUACAUGAGAGGUUUUGUUCAUAUGUUUGUAGAUGUUAUUGGUCAAGCCAUAGAUAUUGGGGAAAUGCAGGUCGUGCCAGUUAAUCACCAAAUCGCAUGUUGUCUUUGGGGUCGUUUUGCUGAGCACCUUUUGUAUGCAUACAAAGUUGGUCAAGUGAAUCAAAAUUUUCUCGGCUUACUGAGGUUUGCUAAAAUCAAUGUUUACAAGGGACAAGUUCAGAUAACAAAUUCAUUUGAAACUUCAACUCUGGAGAUCAAUCCACCUGGAUUUGAUGUGCAAGAUUAUCAAAGACUGAUGCCAAAUGAUGAGCUUGCUCUCACAACUAGUACUGGUGAGGUUGUAAAACCUAAAGGGAACAAACGCCAACAAGAUAAGUGGUUUGUUUAUCUAGAUAGAACAGUCUUGGAUAUCAUAAUGGCAACUGAGCUGCAUCCAUUAAUAAAGGAUGACACUGGUGAAACUAAGGUGAUAUUGCUUGAUACUAUUGUUGAACCUAUUGUUGGAGUAAGUGCUGAAGUGCUCUUAGAUAGUUCUCUAGAAGAGGUUGAGGAUCCUGAAGAUAUACCUGACUCUAUUAACGAGUUAAUUGGAAAGAUUUUCAAAUUUGGUGUUUAUGUGAGCAAAGACAAUGUUGACUAUGGAUCUCAUAUAUUUAGCAUUGGCAAGACUUGGUCUGCUGAUGAAAUAAUAUCUGAGUCUGACGAAGAGAAUACUGAAGAUACAUUGACUAAUGUUGUUUCAUAUAAUCGUUCAUCAGGAAAGGUAUCUUACAUCACCAUUGAAAGUGAAGAUAACACAUGUUUAUCUUCUACUCCACUGUCUAAACGAAAAGGAGACAAUGAAGUUGAUGACCUGUCUUCUACUUCAAAGAAACAAUGCUCUAAGAUAAUCAAAGUGGAAAAGAAUGUGGAGGAGUAG